AAGGGGUGUUGAGCGUUCGUAAGCUAUUCUGCGCUCUGGCACACUCAGACGAGAGUGUUCUGAAAUCGCAGUAGAUGGCCAGAGUGAACUUACGAACGCACCCGAAUUUACCUAGCUAGUUAGCUUGUAUUCUAAUGAGAGGAUCCUGUGUAACGUUAGCUAAACGCUCACCCUGCUUAAUAACUAGCUAGAUAACUCCGCUAGCAAACAAUGCUUACAUAUUGUGAACCGGUUUCUUGUGCAGGCUAGCUAGCUAACGACAUUGGAAUUUGCCUGUUGACCACACCAGCUAACGUUAGCCAGCAAGCUAUGUUGAGCAAGAAAGACAACGCACUUACUAACUAAAACGUAUAGCUAGCAACCACAGUGACAAUGGAAGAGGUGCAGAACAGCAAUGGCGCUGAGACACAGACUGUCACCACCACCAUCACAGCCUCCCAGAUCUCCCAGAUAGCCCAACAGAUGUCUCUGGGGGGCUCUCCUGUGACUGUGGUCCAGCUACCUGGGGGUCAGUUCCAGGUGCAGGGGGUGAUCCAGUCGGCCCAGUCGUCUGUCAUCCAGUCCCCACAGUUGCAGAGUGUUCAGGGCCAGGGCUCAGACAGUGACGACUCCCAGGACUCCUCAGACAGUGGAGCCUCUGCCCAGAAGACCAGAGAGAUACUGGCCAGACGGCCCUCCUACAGGAAGAUCCUCAAUGAACUGUCUGCUGAGGAGGUGGCGUCACGCAAUGAAGGAGAGGAUGAAAACCCUGCUUCCUCUGGCAUGACCACAGUGACAAUGCCCAACACCCAGACAAUCUACCAGACUAGUAGUGGCCAAUACAUUACCAUCGCCCCUAAUGGCGCCAUCCAGCUGGCCAGCCCUGGGUCAGAGGGUCUCCAGGGGUUACAGACUCUCACCAUGACCAACUCAGGCCAACAACAGGGCACCACCAUCCUACAGUACGCUCAGACGCCCGAUGGACAGCAGAUACUUGUUCCCAGCAACCAGGUGGUCGUACAGAGUGAGUAUGGCUUCAUGACUCACGAUGCAGGAGGAGAGAUGCAGACGUACCAGAUCCGCACGGCACCCACAGCGCAACAGACCGUGGUCAUGACUUCCCCUGUAGGAAUAUCUGAACAAAAGAGUGGCGACCCCACCAUGAAGAGAGAGAUCCGCCUCGCCAAGAACAGGGAAGCUGCCCGUGAGUGUCGCAGGAAAAAGAAGCAAUACGUCAAAUGUCUAGAGAACCGUGUGGCGGUGCUGGAGAACCAGAACAAGACUCUCAUUGAGGAACUCAAGACGUUAAAGGACCUGUACUGUGUCAAAACAGGAUAACCAGGAGGAAGAGAAGCCAGCCAGCGAACAGGACAUUUAACGGCAGUGAGUGGCUCAGCUCUGCCACAUGGACAACGCGGGGUUAACCGGGAACACAUUUCAUUUCAGACCUGAAAUCCUCCUCAGUUUGUGUUUUAUACUCUGUUUUAACAUGUCGUGAGUGGUGGCCAUGGGAACUGUCCCAUUUUUAAAAGACAGUGAAAGAGGUUGACUGUUUUUCAUUGUCUUUUUAUUGAGCUAACGAAUGGAUUACUAACGCUUAAAUUUGUAUUUGUGUAUAUUUUGUAAGCACACGGGAGGCGUGAAUUGUGAGCUUUAUCAUUGACAUUCAAUUUUUAAUUGUGUCCCCCUUUUCCAGAAUUGUCUCCUUAUUUUCCUUGUGUAGCAGUAGGUUCAAUUUGCUGUUUUUAACAUCUAUCAAUUUGCGGCUGUAUUGAUUGUAUGAUGACGUGAUUUCAUGUAUUUUUUUAUGUGAACCAGCUAUUUCCACCCCCAUUCUUUCCCCCAUGAGGAAAUGUUACAAGUACCAUUCCUUAUCCUUGUCAAGAGGGAUGUAAGGGGUAUUAGAUAAGAUAACAUUGUGUAAGGCGGACUUUGCUGUUACUAAGACAAUCUAUCAGGGAGAAAACACAAUGGCAGGGUAAUAUUUAUUUUCUCUUUCUGGAGAGGGGAAUGAGCGAAUCAAACAAAAAGAGGGAAAGCAAUGUCACUCAUUCUGUAAGUAAAUUGAAAUAAAUAUUUUUCCAGUCUUUACAUA